AUGGGUUUCGGUAUUGUAUCAGUCUGCCAAGGCCUUGUGCAGAACUACUCUGGACUUUUGGCAACAAGAUUUUUCCUGGGCUUGUUUGAGACAGGAAUGUUUCCGGGUUGCUUCUAUUUGCUAGGCAUGUGGUAUAGGCGCAGUGAAGCACAGAAGCGUUACAGUCUGUUCUUCUCAUCCACGAGUCUCGCAGGAGCCUUCGGCGGACUGCUGGCGUCCGCAAUAGGCAAGAUGGACGGAGUCGCCGGAUAUCAUGGUUGGCGGUGGAUCUUCAUUCUUGAAGGGUGCCUCACAGUUGUGGUUGCGUUCAUCUUCUUCUUCACGUUCCCAUCCUUCCCUGAACAAGCCCUCUGGCUCCAAGAAGACGAGCGUAAUUAUGUCAAGGCCCGACUGCAAGCAGAUCAAGGACGCAGUGCCGCCGAACGCAAAGUCGGCUUCCGAGAUGCCUUGACAGUCAUGAAGGACUAUCGCGUUUGGCUCGGUGGCUUGAUGUAUUUUGGCUUGAUUGUCCCGGCGUACGGGUACGCUUUCUUUGCACCACAAAUCAUCAAAACGUACAAUUACGACGCAAUCCAAACCCAGCUGCACUCUGUGCCUCCUUGGGCCGUUUCAUUCUGCUUCUCACUUAUCAUCGCCGCCUUUUCGGACUGGUUCCGGCACCGUGCUGCUUUCGCUAUUGUUCCACUUUGCCUUUCCAUUACCGGCUUUGGCAUUCUCUUGUCGGUCCAUAAUAACACCAACCUUCAAUAUGGCGCGCUAUUCUUGGUUGUUAUGGGGACGUACGGCGCGAUGCCCAUCAUUGUCUGCUGGUUCAACAUGAAUCUAGGUGGGCACCACAGACGGUCGAUUGGAACUGCCUGGCAGGUUGGUUUCGGAAACAUUGGCGGCAUCAUUGCCACCUACGCCUUCCUGGACACGGACGCUCCAUAUUACAGAAAGGGAUAUGCCAUCUCUAUCGCCUUCACCGCGCUAAGUGGGUGUGCCUCAGUCGCUUAUCUCGCCGCUUUGAUGAUCGAGAACAGAAGGAGAGCCAAGUCCGUCAGGAAUGUUGGGUUAUCAGAAUACGAGAAGACGGAACUUGGAGAUCUGAACCCUGAGUUCAAGUACAUGUUGUAG